UUUGGCCCAGGGUCCUCAUUCUGCUCUGUGUUGCUUUGGAGAUGGCGGCUCGAGUCGAGGAAGAAGGAGAAGAGGAAAGGAGGAGGAGGGCAGAGCUGGAGGAAGCGGCGCUGGAGGAACUGAUGGAAAGGAGCUUCUUCGAGGAGGAAGAGGAAGAGAAGGCUCCUCCUUUGCUCAGAUUUCCAGAGAGAAUGGUUGGCUUCCCUGAUACUGUGCUCAACAAGGGUUUGAACAACAGAUACUGCAUACUGCAAGUCCAGGAAAAGGGUGAUGCGGAGAAGCACCUGACCAUUACAGCCUCUUCUCUGCUUGAUGGCUUGAAUACAGAGCUGUGUAUCCUUAGGAAUGACUGGAUUUCUGUUCCAGUACAGCCUGGGGACAUCAUUCAUCUAGAAGGCGAGUGCAGUUCUGGUGUCUGGGUAAUAGAUGCAGAGUCUGGAUACUUAAUCUUAUAUCCAGAUAUACUACUUUCUGGCACUACGGUAUCAAAUAGCAUUCGAUGUAUGAGGAGAGCUAUACUGAGUGAAAAGUUCAGGAAAUGUGAGUCUGGUUCACAUCCAAUGUUGAUAGGUACCCUUCUACAUGAAAUUUUCCAAAAAGCAGGAACAAAUUUUGCCCAAGAAAAACUGAAUGAAAUUGCCUUCUCAGUUCUUCAGGGACCACAGUAUUUAAAAGAGCUGUAUCAGUUAAAUCUGAAGCAAAAUGAUGUAAUGGAGGAAAUACAGGAAUAUUUCCCAUCUUUUACUAAAUGGGCAGAAGAGUUCAUGUGCACAAACCAUCAAUCAAACCAGCAUAAUUUUCAGCAUAACCUGCAGCUGAAAUCGCCAAGAAAUAAAGAUGACUCUUUUUGCAAUGUCAAAGUAACGGAAAUCCUGGAUGUGGAGGAAAAUAUCUGGUGUCCUCGGUUUGGCUUAAAGGGCAAAAUUGAUGUUACGGUUGGAGUAACAAUUCACCACAGAUCUAAAACUCAGUCCAAGAUAAUGCCAUUGGAGCUUAAAAGUGGCAAGGAAUCUAACUCAAUCGAGCACAGGAGUCAGGUAGUUUUGUACUCACUUUUGUGCCAAGGAAAAAGAGCAGACCCUGAAGCUGGACUUCUUCUGUAUCUGAAAACUGGCACUAUGUUUCCUGUUCCUGGAAAUCGUAUGGAUCGAAGAGAACUCAUUAAAUUAAGAAACCAGUUGGCCUUCUAUUUGCUUCAUAGCCUACAUAAAUCUGACACAGGAAGGCAGCAGACACAGCUUGCAUCUUUGCCACCGUUGAUUAGUGACAGCCAGACGUGCCGCUGCUGUUCUCAGAAGCAGAACUGUGUGCUUUAUAGCCGGGCUGUAGAGCAACGGAGCAAUGCCUUAAUUCCUCCAGAUGUUAUGGCUGUUAUUGAAAAAGAAACGCAGCAUCUGAAGCCAUCUCACUUGGAGUAUUUUCAUCUCUGGUAUCUGAUGCUGACCUUAGAGUCAGAGAGCAAAGAUGGAAGGAAGGGUCAUAGAAACAUAUGGAUGAUGCCUGCUGCAGAAAGAGAGAAGCAUGGAGACUGCAUUGGAAGUAUGGUCAGAAUGAAAUGUGUUCAGGAGGUGACUGAUGGACAGUAUCUACACUGGUUCCAGCGUAAAAACGAUUCUGUGCCUGUAACAAUUCUGAUGGUAGGAGACAGAGUUGUUGUGAGCGGUGAAGACACUUCCUUACUUGGCUUGUCAACUGGCUAUGUUCAAGAGGUCAACAGAAGCAAAAUUUCCUGCUUAUUAGACAGGAACUUGUCACAUCUACCCAAAGAUACUGUAUUUAGGUUAGAUCAUGAUGAAGGAGUUUAUGGCAUUGACGCCCCUUUAGGAAACCUUUCUAAAUUGAUGGAUAAUUCUCCUGCAAGUGAACGACUUCGGAAUUUAAUUAUAGAUUUCCACAAGCCACAGUUUGUCCAACACUUGAGCUCAGUCCUUCCUCCAGAAGCAAAGGAGACCGUUGCAAACAUUCUAAAAGGCCUGAAUAAACCUCAGAAGCAAGCAAUGAAACAAGUGCUGCUUUCAAAGGACUAUACACUUAUUGUUGGUAUGCCUGGAACAGGAAAGACCACUACAAUAUGUGCUCUGGUCCGGAUUCUUUAUGCCUGUGGCUUUAGUGUUCUCUUGACAAGCUUCACACACACCGCAGUUGACAACAUCCUUCUCAAACUCGCAAGGUUCAAAGUAGGUUUUUUGCGGCUGGGUAGAGCUCAGAAGGUUCAUCCCGACAUACGGAAGUUUACAGAAGAAGAAAUCUGCAGAUCCAAUUGUAUUAACACCGUAGCUGAUUUGGAGAAGCUCUAUCACAGUCAACCAGUAGUUGCAACAACAUGCAUGGGAACAAACCAUCCGAUUUUCACUCGUAAACGAUUUGAUUUUUGCAUAGUGGACGAGGCUUCUCAAAUCAGCCAGCCCAUCUGCCUGGGUCCACUUUUCUAUUCGCUUCGGUUUGUGUUAGUGGGGGACCAUCAGCAGUUACCUCCGUUGGUGCAAAAUACAGAAGCAAGAGACCUUGGCAUGGGUGAAAGCUUAUUCAAGAGGCUGGAAAAAAAUGAAAACGCUGUUGUGCAACUAACUGUACAGUACCGAAUGAACAGCAAAAUUAUGUCGCUGAGUAACAAGCUGGUAUAUGAUGGCAAACUGGAGAGUGGCUCUGAGAGGAUAUCCAAAGCUGUAAUUGACUUGCCGAAGUUUAACGAAUUGAAGUUGGAACAGGAGUAUCCCACAGAAACAUGGCUAAAGGAAACGCUUGAUCCAAGCAACCCGGUCUGUUUUCUUAACACAGAAAAGAUUCCAGCUCCAGAACAGAUAGAAAAACAUGGUGUGAGCAACAUGACAGAAGCCAGACUUGUACUCUUUCUGACAUCUAUGUUUAUAAAGGCUGGUUGUAGGCCAUCAGAUAUUGGAGUCAUAUCACCAUACAGACAUCAGCUAAAAGUAAUCACUGACUUGAUGACAAGUUCGCAGAUCAGUAAGGUAGAAGUAAAUACUGUGGACAAGUAUCAAGGAAGAGACAAAAGUAUCAUCAUAGUUUCAUUUGUAAGGAGUAACAGUGAUGGAAAACUUGGAGAACUUCUGAAGGACUGGAGGCGUCUCAAUGUUGCCAUUACAAGAGCCAAACAUAAAUUAGUUAUGCUGGGCUGUGUGCCAUCCCUAUGUCAGUAUAUUCCUCUAAAGAAGCUGCUUUCUCACUUGAAAACUGAAGAUUUGAUUUUCAAUAUUCCAUUUCAGGCAUGCUGAAAGUAUUAUCUAUUGGAACCUCCCAUGACAAGGAGACAUCAAGAGGAGAAUCUUUAUCUUACUGCUGAAACUAAUAAUUCUGUAUGUGUUAUAUUCCCAAGUAAGGUUAAUCUUAGUACAUUUUGGACACAUCCAGGACUCUUACAUCACUCUUGUUGAAAAGGAUUCUGACCGGAAUUGAGACUAUUACUGCCUUGUUAUCAGUGGAAUGCCGAAGUGCCAACAACGGCAAAAUUGUACUCCCUAAAUGUGAAAAGGGCAAGAUAAUCUUGGUUGAGGAUCAUAUGUUCAAUUAUCUAGUUAUCUCUCAUCUCUCAGUAUUGUUUAGGUGGCAACAAAUUAGGGCUAUUAAAGUUAAUGUGUAUAGAAUUUUACAACUUGAGCAAACUUAUAUUACUGGUGGAACAUGUCAGAUUUUGCCAUUCAGUAAGGGUUGCUGAGAUUCCCC